AUGCCUGUCACCAAGCUUCCCUUCCACGCCGACCACAUCGGUUCCCUGAUCCGUCCGACGUCCGUCUCAGCAGCGCAAGAGAAGGCCGAUGCGGGCGAGAUCUCCCAAGAACAGCUCAGCGAAGUACAGCAGAAAGAGAUUGCAGACAUUGUAAAGAAGCAGCAGGAUCACAAUGUGCGGGCUUUGUGCUCGGGUGAGUUUGACAGGAAGUACUACUUUUCCGGUUUCUUUGAGAAGCUGGAUGGCUUCAAGGAGGUCAGUCCUGUGCCAUGGGAGGUGACGAGGCUCUCUGCCGCGCCGAUUGCAGCCUUGAAGAAGGCGGGCAAGCAGUACCCCAUGGCUGCGAUUUGCGAUGGGAAGAUCAAGUACUCGAAGAGCCCGUACCUGGACAACUGGAAGCUGCUGAGGAAUGUGGUAUCCCAAGAGCAGUGGAAAGAGUGCAAGUUCACAAUGCCACCUCCAUGCUACUUCCACCUGCGCCUUGGCCCUGGCAAGUGUUACCCCAAGGAGGUAUACCCGAACGAUGAGGCCUUCUUCAGCGAUCUUGCCGCCGCAUACCGGCAAGAGUUCAAGACUCUGUACUCCGAGGGUCUCCGCAACAUUCAGAUCGAUGAUCCGACAUUGGCGUACUUCUGCUCCGAGGACAUGCUGAAGGGUCUGCGGGAGGAUGGCGAGGAUACGGAUAAGAUGUUCGAUGUGUAUCUGAAGGCGCACAACGACUGCAUUGCUGACCGGCCCGAUGACCUUCACGUCGGACUGCACAUCUGCAGAGGUAUGGUGGCUCUGUACAGGACUGAAGCGUCUACGUUAGCUAACGACGGCCAGGAAACUUCUCGAAAUCCAUGCACUUCUCAGAGGGCUCCUACGAGAAGAUCGCAGAGAAGUUCUUUCAGACUCUCAACUACGACACCUUCUACCUCGAAUACGACAACCUCCGAUCAGGUGGCUUUGAGCCCCUGCGUUUCCUGCCCAAACACAAGAACGUUGUGCUUGGCGUGGUGACGACCAAGGAUCCUCAGUUGGAAGAUGCUGAGUUGAUCAAGAGCCGCGUGCUGGAGGCGGCGCAGAUCAUUGGCAAAGGGCAAGGGAGGAGUGUGGAGGAGGCCAUGGAGAACAUCGGGAUCAGCCCGCAGUGUGGUUUCGCCAGUGUGGCAGUUGGCGCCGAGGGAAUGACGGAAGAGAAGAUGUUUGCGAAGCUGAAGCUGGUGCAGGAUGUAGCAAAGCAGCUGUGGCCGGACCGACGGUAA